UGUCAUCUUGGAGUGCUCUAUAAAACCAGCAUUUCACUGGACAGAACUUGUACACUACCAGAUUCCCCAUCCUCGUUCCUUUAAAUUACUUCCAUAGUUGUACUUACUACACAUCUUGUGAAGCAAUCCAAGCAUGAAGGUGGAAGUACAGUGGAAGAAGUUGGUCAAGCCGUCGGUGCCGACGCCGAGCGACCGGCAAAAAUGGAAGCUAACAUCAAUGGAUGAGCUUCAGAUGCCAAAUUAUGUGGGCGUCAUCUUCUACUAUAGAGAUAAUGCUGAGAACCCCGGAGUUGAUAUCUCUCAAAGGCUUCACCAAAUGGAGGAGUCACUUUCCAAAACUCUAACACUCUUUUAUCCUAUGGCAGGGAGAUAUGUCGAGGACGACGGUUGUUUUAUCGACUGUAACGACCUUGGAGUCGAGUUCGUCCAUGCCAAAGUGGAUGGCCAGAUUGAUCAGCUCCUCCAUGGAGACCCCGACAUGGAUUUGCUCGAUCAUUUGUCGCAAUUCCCAACCAACAUAGUAGGCAAUCCAUUGGUUGUGAUUCAAGUGACUACAUUCGAGUGCGGCGGAUCAGCAGUUGCCUUGCGCUCUACACACAAGAUUGGCGACGUGUACACCAUGGCCAUGUUCAUUAAUUCGUGGGCUACCGCUUGCCGCGGUAACGUAGAUGUUACAGUCUGUCCAAGUUUCGAAUUGUCAUCUCUGUUCCCAGUGAAAGCGUCGACCGUUGUGAAUUGGCCUCCACCGCGUAUUAUCGGCAGCAAGGAACUCAUCAUGUCAAGGUUCAGGUUCAGCGGUGAUGCUAUUUUGAAGCUGAAAGCCCUAGCUAGGGUUGAUGCAAAGGAUUCGAUGGCCAAAAAUUUCCAGCCUUCAAGGGUUGAGGUUGUUUCGGCGCUAUUAAGUAGAGCCCUCGUCAAUAUUGAUCGAUAUAAACACGGCGAAGGAAGGACUUUCGCAGUUUAUAUGACUUUCAACUUGCGCGAGAAGAUCAAUCUAACGAUACCUGCGAAUUCUUGUGGCAAUUUCUUUGCCAUGAUUUUUGGGCGAUCCGAUCAACCCGUGUCUGGCAAAAGGAACUUGGAGUUCAAUGGGAUGGUGAAUAUAAUCCACAACAUGAUAUCGGACGCCAAAACGAAAUAUGCAACAGUAGUAGACAGGGAGGAGUUCUGCUCGAUGGUGGAGAAUUCUAUAGCCGAAUUUGUCGAAACUGCGUCCUCGAGCGAAGAGUGUACAAUUGCUUUCAGUAGCUGGUGCCGGUUCGGGCUACAUGAGAUCGACUUCGGGUGGGGAAGGCCGGUUCUCGUCAGCAACAUAUCACUGAAUCUCAGAUCGAUCUUUCUUGUCGACGACGAAGAGGGCAGAGGAAUUGAUGCAUGGACAACCACCAGUGAAGAUGAGAUGACUCUUCUUAAACAAGAUCCGGACAUUCUGGCAUUCACUUCCUAGUUGGAGAUAGGGAGGUUGUAUGAAUAUGUCAUUUACUAGGUCAUCGUAUCUUACUAUAAUGUAGACCAGGAAAAUGAAAAUGGACUUCGGUCUCUAGUAUUUGUUACAUCUGUCUGGUUUCUUUAAGAAUGAUGGUUCUUGUGGACAAGAUCAACUCUUAAGUAAUGUUUAUCAAUUUAUUAAGUA